AACAAAUUUCCAGUUCAGAUUCGUCUGAUGGCAUCGUGAUAAGAUUGUCUGGUCUUGACAUCACCGAUUUCACAGAAACAAACACCACAGUUGCUGUUAGAGAUUCUAGUUCAAUCAUUCCAAUUGAAACAACACUUGUACAGACUGUCAUUCCUGUGGAGGCGCUACGUCUGCCGUUUCAAGACGGAACCACGUCAAUGACGGAGUCUGCUAAAAUCGUAUUCAUGGUUCAUGUUAGUGAUGUCCUAUAUCCUUCUAAAUACAUACGAAGUGUCAACCAAAAUAACGACAUUUUCAGCAGGUUUGUAAACACACCCGUGAUGACUGUCAUCGUUGAUGAACGGAAGAUUGAGGACUUGUGGCAACGCGUCAAUAUAACUUUCUCCAACAUCAUGGCUGACAACUACGACCCCGUUUGUACUUUCUGGGACACUGGAAUCGGGAACUGGUCAACCCAAGGUUGCAAACUAAUCAGAGUUGGUCCAGACACAUCUUUCUCACAAAUCACCGCUCCAGAGGAUGUAGAAAUCACCGACAUCAACAGUGUGACCUGUGCGUGUGACCACUUUACAAGCUUUGCAGUGAUUGUGGACAUUUACUCCGACGGACGACAAAACAAGGUGUUCCGAUGGCUAAGCAUCAUAGGUUGUGGGGUAUCCAUUAUCAGCCUUAUCAUCACUGUCUUCACCUACAUUAGUUUGAUCAGGAAAUUACGAGCAUCUCGGGGCGACAACAAUCAGCUCUACAUCCUCCUAUGUUUCUGCGUUACACUACUUGGACUCUACUUUGCCUUCUUAGCCAUCAUCGGAUUCGAUGCAGAGUUUCGCGUUGCCGAAUUAGAGAUUAUCCCAUGUAGCGUCAUUGCUGCCCUCACACAUUUCUUCGCGCUAUCUUCAUUGACAUGGAUGGGAAUCGAAGGUUUUCAUAUUUAUCUGACCAUGGUUCGAAUCGUCGAUAAUUACAUACCGAAGUUUAUGCUUAAGGCGACUCUGCUCGGUUGGGGUGUACCAGCUGCUAUUGUUGGAGCAACGAGUGGUCUACUGCGUCGUGAUUAUGCCUUACAAGAUUUUUGUUAUGUGCAGCGAUGGGCUUUGAUAGGAGGAAUCCUUGUACCCAUGGCCAUCAUCCUGGUAAUCAAUACUAUCAUCUUCAUCUUCGCUAUCCGUCAACUUGGCCAGUCUGCCAGGCUCCCAGGACGAGUAUGGAAAGACCGCGAGGCUAAACGUAAAGCAUGUAUCGAGAGAACACAGACCGGUGUUUCCUUCCUUAUCCUCAUGGGUUUGACUUGGUCUACAGGUUACCUGGUUCUCCUGCAGGACGACGUUGCUGAAGUUCUCUUUAUCAUCUUCAACUCCUUACAGGGGUUCUUUAUAUUCGUGCUUACAUGUCUAAGGAAGGAUGCGGUGCGGAAGCAAUGGAAACAGCUUUGUUGUACAAAGUGUUCAGAAUCUGAGACGACUAGCUCUCGAUCAGGUCGUAAUUUCGUCAAAGCAUCACACGGGAGCAACAACUCCAAUACAGCCAUAGAGCUAUCUGUUUCACACUGAGAUGUCAUCGAAAGAAAACUAGGCCUACUCAGAUUUUUUAGUUUUGAAAAUAAAAUUCGGCAGAAGUAAAUUGAUAAAAACAAAAUGCAAUUCUAGCGAUAGCUGUUAAAUUAUCAUUCUGAAAUUAAAAUAAUUCAAGAUAGAUGUUACAAGGAAUAUGAUACAAAUGUAUUUAGAGAAGAGCUUGUUGUCUGUAACUGGGAAACGGUAUAUAAUUCAAAAGAAGUCACAACAGCUAAUUUUCUAGUUUUGAAGAAUUAUUAUCCGGCAGAAGUAAAUUGAUAAGGAAAAUGCAAUUCUAGCGAUGAAUGUCAAAUUAUCAUCCAUAACAGAAAAUAAUUUGAUAUAGAUAUAUAAAUGUAUUUAGAGAAGAGCUUGCUGCCAAUAACUGGGAUACGGUAUACAAUUCAAAAGAGGUAAACACAGCUUAAAUCUCAAUUUUCAAAUGUUAUUAAUCAAAUCAUCGUCAGAAUCUUGUUGAUACAUGUAAGCACACAAAUAAAGGAAAUGUACUGACCACUCUUCUAGGUAAUUUAAAACAGAAUUACUACUGCGAUUUGCUUCAAAAUAAUAUGAA